ACAGCCAGAGACCCCAUCGGAGCGACGUUGACAGUUUUGACCAUCGGCUCUCGUACGCCUUACCGUCCACAUUCCACCACCGACAGAAUCCUCUUUCCCCUCCCUCCAAUCCCUCUCUCUCCUCCUGCAUUUCAGGGCCAUCAUUAUAUAUACACACCCACCUCCCUUCUUCUUUCUUCGCCAAUCGAAAUGAGCUAGCUCAUGGAGCCCUGGAAGAACGCCGCCAUGAAGAAGAAGCGGAGGCCCGUCCGGCUCCGCUGCUCCGUCAAGAACUACGACUGGGGCAUUCUCGGCCACCAUUCCAAGGUCGCCCGCCUCUUCGCUCUCAAUUCCGGCUCCGACAUCGACCCCGCCAAGCCCUACGCCGAGUUCUGGAUCGGCACUCAUGAAUCCGGCCCCUCCUUUGCCGAGUCCGGGUCCGAAGAGGACCCGGUCAGCCUCAAGUCGUGGAUCGCCCGGGAUCCGAGUGUUCUCGGCCAGAAGGUUCUCGACAAGUGGGGCCCCGAUCUUCCGUUCUUGUGCAAGGUACUUUCGGUUCAGAAGGCUUUGUCGAUACAGGCUCAUCCGGAUAAAGAGAUGGCUAGAGUGCUGCACAAGUUGCACCCUGGUGUUUAUAGAGAUGAUAAUCACAAGCCUGAAGUGGCAUUGGCGCUGACGGAGUUUGAGGCUCUUUGUGGCUUUAUUAGUCUCAAGGAGCUAAAAGAGAUGCUUCGUACUAUUCCUGAGAUAGCCGAAUUGGUUGGGGUGGCAGAUGCAGAGAAAAUUCUACUUGUUGGUGAGCGACAUGAGAGUGGGAAAGUAAACACAGAUUUAGAGGCCAUGUUCAGUCGACUUAUGUUGUCAAGCAAAGAGACAAUUUCCAAGAUGAUAUCCAAACUGAAAAGGCGUCUUAAUCAAGAGAAAAAGAAAAGGCAAUUGACGGUUAAAGAACAGCUGGUACUCAGAUUAGAGAAUCAAUAUCCAGCUGAUGUGGGCGCUAUAGCUGCAUUUUUCCUAAACUAUGUGAAGCUGAAACGUGGUGAAGCAUUAUAUUGUGGACCAAAUGAACCCCAUGCAUAUAUUUCUGGUGAAUGUGUCGAAUGUAUGGCUACCUCUGACAAUGUUGUUCGAGCCGGCCUUACCUCAAAACAAAUUGAUGUUCAGACACUUCUUUCUAUGCUCAAAUACAGACAGACCUCUCCUUCGCCGACGUUGGAUAUGCCGUCCAAGGAAGACGGCGCCUCCGAUAAGGAGAAGAUUCUCGAGCUUUUCUUGAAGGUCGGACUGGAUGAGCGCACGGCCAAGAACACCAUCGCUAACAACAAAGUCACGGCCAAUCUAACCGCCGUCAUUCACGAGGCUGCAGUUACUGAUGGAUGCAGUCGGAACGUCGGUAAUCUUCUAUACACGGUUGCUACGAAAUUUCCAGCAAAUGCCCUUGUGCAUCGGCCGGUAUUGACACAGUACAUUGUGUCCUCAAAGAUUAAAAUUCCGGCUCAGUUAGACGCGGCUUUGUCUUUUUUCGCAAAUACGGGCCCUGAAAACUUCAAAACAAGUGAAUUUGAAGAAGCAUGUGGUGUUGGGGUUGAAGUUUUAGAAGAAGAAAUCAAGCAAUCUGUUAAUGAGGUUUUUGAAGAGAACAAGUCUGCAAUUUUGGAGCAGCGCUAUAAAACAAAUGUGGGUGACUUAUUUGCACAUCUUAGGAAGAGACAUCCGUGGGCUGACCCAAAAAUUGUAAAGGCAUCGAUUGAUACAAAGCUGCGUGAAUUACUUGGUGAAAGGACUGCAGAAGAUGAUGUAAAGGUUCCUAAAAAGAAGAAGGAGAAGCCGGCUAAAGUAGAGGAAAAAGCUAUCGCUGUUUCUACCCCUGAACAACCAGCUGAAGAAAUUCUCAAUCCAUAUGCGAUAUUCCCUCAACCAGAGGAGAACUUUAAGGUUCAUACUUCAGUUUUCUUUAGUGAUGGUUCCAUUCUGAGAUGUUGCAAUUCAAGAGAACUCCUUGAGAAACACUUGAGUGUGACUGGCGGGAAAGUUUUAACUCGCUUUCCUCCUGAACCGAAUGGAUAUCUACAUAUAGGCCAUGCCAAGGCAAUGUUCAUUGAUUUUGGCCUGGCAAAAGAGAGAGGUGGUGGCUGCUAUCUGAGGUAUGAUGACACAAAUCCAGAAGCUGAAAAGAAAGAAUAUAUUGAUCAUAUUCAGGAAAUUGUCAGUUGGAUGGGUUGGGAGCCCUACAAGAUCACUUACACUAGUGAUUACUUCCAAGAUCUGUAUGAUUUAGCAGUGGAGCUCAUACGAAGGGGUCACGCUUACGUUGAUCAUCAGACGGGGGAUGAGAUAAAGGAGUACAGGGAGAAAAAGAUGAACAGCCCUUGGAGGGAUAGGCCAAUUGAAGAGUCGCUGAAACUUUUUGAGGAUAUGAGGCGAGGCCUGAUUGAAGAAGGGAAAGCAACUCUAAGAAUGAAACAAGAUAUGCAGAGUGAUAAUUUUAACAUGUAUGACCUAAUUGCGUAUCGGAUCAAAUUUACUCCUCAUCCGCAUGCUGGAGACAAGUGGUGUAUUUAUCCAAGUUACGAUUAUGCUCAUUGCAUUGUGGAUUCUCUUGAGAAUAUCACACAUUCACUGUGCACUUUAGAAUUUGAGACACGCCGUGCUUCAUACUACUGGUUAUUGCAUUCUCUGGGCUUAUAUCAACCAUAUGUUUGGGAAUAUUCAAGACUGAAUGUCAGUAACACUGUUAUGUCGAAGCGUAAGUUAAAUAGAUUAGUGACUGAAAAUUGGGUCGAUGGUUGGGAUGAUCCGCGUCUUAUGACAUUGGCUGGUUUACGACGUAGGGGUGUGACAUCAACUGCCAUUAAUACAUUUGUUAGAGGAAUCGGAAUCACCAGAAGUGAUUGUAGUAUGAUUCAUCUGAGUCGCCUCGAGUACCACAUCAGAGAAGAGCUCAAUAAAACAGCUCCUCGCACAAUGGUUGUGCUGGAUCCUGUAAAGGUCGUCAUUACCAACUGGAAAGAUGACCUCAUAAAGGAAUGUGAAGCAAGAAAGUGGCCUGAUUCUGAGGCGGAGUCCUACAAGGUUCCAUUUUCCAAUGGGUUGUACAUUGAGCGCUCUGAUUUUCGCCUUAAAGACUCGAAGGACUACUUCGGACUUGCUCCUGGAAAAUCUGCACUGCUCAGAUAUGCAUGUCCUAUCAAGUGUGUGGAUGCGAAGGAUGUUGUUUUAGCAGAGGAUAAUGAGACUGUCCUUGAGAUACGGGUCGAGUAUGAUCCAGAGAAGAAGACAAAGCCAAAGGGGGUGCUGCAUUGGGUCGCCGAACCUUCUCCAGGGGUCGAUCCACUCAAAGUGGAAGUUCGAUUGUUUGACAGACUAUUUAACUCAGAGAAUCCUGCUGAGCUUGAGGACUGGCUUUCUGAUCUGAAUGGAAAAUCGAAAGUGGUAAUACCAAAUGCAUUUGCUGUUCCCACACUUGGGAAAGGUGUUGGUGUUGGCGACAAGUUUCAGUUUGAAAGACUUGGCUAUUUUGUGGUCGACAAAGAUUCGACUCCUGAGAAGCUUGUGUUCAAUCGAACGGUCACGCUACGAGAUAGCUACAAGAGUGGCAAGUAGGUCUUAUCUUUUGGAUCAUCAGAAUAGAAAGCAAUGUGGGCAGUUUAUAGCAAACCUUUGACAUGUGUUUUGAAUAUGUUGUUUAGACAGUCUGAUGUUAUUUUGACCAUGUUUGUUGUGUAUAUUUCAAACCAAUUAUACGACGAAGUUAUAUAUACAGUUGGCAUUGCAUUGUUGUCAUCC